GUUAGGACCCGGAAGAGGAGCAGGAAGCAGUAGCGGCCGGCGGACAGACUGUCAUGGCGGACCAAAACAAGCCAGAAAGCGCAGAUAACUUCUUUAAUGAAAUAUUAAGUCCAUGUGAGCUGUUUGCGGCCCGCUCCAGGAGCCACAAGAUCCCGGCCCGAGGGCAGAAGGAUUUCUAUCCGGAUGACUCGGAGGAGCAAAAGCAGCGGCUGCAGCAGCGCCUGGAUGAACACUGGAGUCUCAUUUCAGAGGAGCGGGUUGAGAGGCUAGGAAACCUGGUGAAAGCCGUCUGGAGUCCCAGUGAGCGGAUUGUGGAGCUUCAGACUCCUGCUGGCAAAUUUUGGCAGACGAUGGGUUUUUCUGCAGAAGGGAAGCAGUUCCUCCUCCCUGAAGAGGCGCUCUACCUGAUGGAGUGUGGCAACCUGCAGGUGUUCCAUCAGGACCUGCCGCUGUCCAUCCAGGACGGCUACGAGGCGUUCCUGUCCUCAGACUCUGUGAGUCUGCAGCAGUAUCAGGUGUUCGGUCAUCUGAAGCGCCUCGGAUAUGUGGUGCACAGGUUUGAUCCCAGCUCCGAGCCGUCGCCCUACGCCCGGCAGCUGAACCUGCCUCGGUCCCGGGACCGCGGGGGGAGGCAGCUGAAGAGGAAACGCAGCCCCAGCCCGGCGCCCACGUCCAGUAAAACAGCAGCAGCGUCUCAGGCUGAGGAAAUGGAGGAGGAAGAUAAACUACCUGAGUCCCACCUGGUGGCCUCAGCGGCGCCUCAGACUUCCUCCUCCGGCGCGGCAGGUGAAGUUCAGGCCCGGACCUGGUGGCCGGCGGAGGUUCCCGAGCGGCAGGCGGGUCAAAGGUCAGCCCCCGGUUCUCAGCGCUGGGACUUCAGCUCCAUCUGUUUCCCUGACCUGGGCUCCGCCGGCCGCCUGGCCCCUCUGGACGCCUCGUUGCUUCCCGGCGGCGUGACGCCUGGCGUGUGCGACGUCGCCCCCUGGAUGCGGAGGAUAAACCUGCGGAAAGUGAAAAUGUCUCCGAAGGAGGAGGAGAGGGAGAGACGGCAGCGGCGGCGGGAUGUGAACAAAGACAAAGAGGUCCAGAGGUGCAGAAACUGGGCGGAGUACCACAAGCUGCUGGAGCGGCGGCAGGCGAAGCGGCAAGGCCGACCCGCUCACUUAUGGAGCGGGGAAGUUCAGCCUCUACACGACCCGACUCGGCCCAUCUCCACCGCUGAGCUUCUGGAGAAAAUCAGCGUGAUUAAAUCAACUGACCUGCUGGAGGGAGCAGCCAGGUUAAAAGGUUCGGAGGAAUGGAGGAUUUGUUUCAAUGUUUACCAGCCGGAUUCGGUGGCUGACUUCAAAAAGAGCAACCCGGGCAAGCCGUACGCCCGCAUGUGCGUCUGCAGUUUUGACGGUCCUGUUCCUGAUCUGCGAGUCAUCAAGCAGCUUUCGUUUCAGAGUGGCGACGUUCCCGUCGUUUACGCCGCCGUGGAUCACGGAGACAUUUCCUUCUACACCUUCAAGGACUUCCAGCUGCCCAGGGACAUCUACCCCUGAGAUUCAUCCAUCUGGGAGUUUUUAAACCUUUGUGAGCUACAUAUGGAGAAAUACAGACUUUUUCAAGUUUUCAAAUGAAACAAUAAAAAUUUUUUCCUACUUGUACCAAGAAACCUGCAAGGAAUUCAAAUGUUUACCUUGUUUUUCUUUAGUUUUUUGCCAACAGACGAUUUAUAUCAUGAGAAUUACCUGUUUUAUAUUAUUAAAUCAUUGUUUACCUGCAGUAAUCAAAUAAAUCGCAGUCUGUAAUUAAUUAAUUUCAAAAUAAGCACCAUUUUCAAUUUAACAUUUUUGCUGUUAGAUUGUUGAAUAAACAGACGUGUGAGCUCGACAACAGAGAUGUGUAAUGAUUUUAUUUUGGUUAAUCGACCAUCAGUAAGCCCUGAUCAUUCAUGGAGCUUCUUUAAAAAUGUGGACAGGACGCUGACAUAGCUAACGCUAAAGCUAACAUGUAGCAUUAGCGUUAGCUAAAGCUACAUGUUUAACAUUGAGAUGCUAUUUUAGUCUUGAAUAGCUUCGCUGAUCAGCUAAAUCCUUCUGGUACAACAUGAAUGCAGAAAUAGUCUUUUCAGCGUCAAAUCAGAUUAGUUUAGCAGUAAAAAUUAACCCCCAGUGGCCCAGAGAAGCGGUUUUGUCGACCAUCGCUGCUGUACAGAUUAGCGGGCGAACCAGAGGUUCCGGCUCGGGACUUUUGUAUGCACCAAAAAAAAAAAGAAGCAAUUAAUUACAUUAAAAUUUUUAACAUUUUAAAAUAUAUGUAAUAUAUUCAUAUAUUUCAAAGUUAGCCACAUUUUAAUUCUCCAAUAUUAGUAAUCGAAUUAAAGCCUUAAAUUUUCGGUCCUCCGUUUUAGCAACGUCCGUACAACAAAUGUCGAAGGGGAUUCUGGUAAAAUCUUUCAUUAAAGCAGCAUGAUAAUUUGUUGCUGAGCAUGUGAAAAGAAAAUAAUUCCCAAUAAAAUAAUUUAGCAUUUGAAAAAUAAAUAAUCGUAGAAUCGGUACCGUCGAUUCUGGUAACCAAAAAAUCAACAGUAAGGGUAAAUUUGUGUAGCGGUGCUAAAACACCGAUUUUCCGCAGCCACAGUGUGAGAGGAAGAAGAAUUGUCUUACUUUAUGAAACUGUGUUCAAGCAUUUUUAAUAAUUUUAGGAAUUUUGAGGGAGAGGCAGCGUUAGAUCUGGAUGUGUUUAACAGAAGUCAAUAGCAUUAAAUCAUCUGAUACCAGAGGUAUUAUCUGUGCUGGUCAAAUUCAAAUUACACAUUUAUGAUGUCCAUCCUGUAUGAACGCUUUAAAAAAAACCCACUUUGUAUUGCCUUGUUGCUGUAAAUGUGCU